GAGCUCGCAUGGAUGUUCCUGCCUACUGUACCCUACAAGAGCUACUGAUACAGGAGGCACACGACUCGAAUUUCUCAAGUCACUACGGCAUCGACAAAACUGCCAAAUUACAGAGCCGUAAUUAUUACUGGCCAUAUUUGCCGACAGACGUGCAGCAGUACGUCACCUCCUGCGCCGCGUGUCAAUGCAUGAAGUCUUCACGCCUUCGACCUGCGGGAUUGCUGCAGCCGCUCGAGCCACCCAGCCGAUCCUGGCAACAAAUGAUGAUGGAUUUUGUCACUGGCCUGCCAACUGGUUCAAGCAGUAACAACGCGAUUCUCGUCGUCGUUGACCGGUUGACCAAGAUGGCCCACUUCGCCGCCUGCAAGACGACAAUCACUGCCGAGCAGACAACGAAACUGUUACUCACGAACAUCAUGCGGCUACCCGGCAUUCCUUCGGCAAUCAUCAGCGAUCGCGACCCUCGGUUCACGUCCAACUUCUGGACAAAAACCUGGCAGCAGUACGGCACACGUCUGCAUCUGUCCACUGCGUACCACCCGCAAUCAGACGGCCAGAUUGAGCGCACCAAUCAGACGAUGGAGCAGCUGAUUCGCACGACGUGCAUAGACAUAGCCCAAUGGGAAGACUCCCUUCCUUUGAUCGAUUUUGCGUACAACAACACCCCAUCAGCCACGACUACUCAGUCCCCGUUCUUCCUCAAUUACGGGAUAGACCCGACAACCCCUCUAUCGCCACCGAUAGAAAAUCCGGCACCAAGGUCGCAGCAGUUCGUCGAAAAUCUCCGACAGUCUCAGCAAAAAGCCGUCGAUGCCAUCCUCAAAGCCAACCAACGGGCUAAGCAGCAAGCUGACCGACGACGCCGAGACUUAACUCUUACCCCUGGGCAAUUGGUCGUGCUCGACACCAUAAAUUUGGGAAUUCCCCUCCCAAAUAAAAUGCGACCAAGAUUUUGCGGCCCAUUCCGCAUCAUCCACAUGGUGACACCCGUCACCGCCCAGCUGUAAUUGCCGGUCGACUGGCGAAUUCA